AAUUAUUCUAUCGUGAAUGUAAUGAUACUUUUGUUCACUCAUAUUUUGAAGUGUCACUUCGUAUCAGAAUAAUUCUUUCCUUCUUCCCCAGAAAACUCCCUUCGUCGUAAUCCCUGAACUUGGUUGCCUCAUAGCAAAUCUCGGCAUCAGACGCCGCACGACGUACAUUAGAUCCUCCGCCAUGCCGAUCCCAGACUACGCAGCGACAGCUCCAGACUUUCAGAGCUCGUCAACUCCCAACUACCUAUCGCUCUCUAUCGCAACUAUGGAUUUGGAAGAUGCAGGUGAUUCGCCAUGGGGUGAUGUCCCAUCAAGUGCGCCGACAUCCAACGCCAAAUCUCCAGAAGCUCCGGGAUUCCAGGAAUCAACAGAAGCUUCCAAACCAGAGCAAUCGCAAUCCCUUGAGGCUCCUUCGACCCAAACUCUCAAAUCACCUGCUGGACGAAACCCGCGAACUCCCAGACGACCAGGCACACAACCAGUGCGACUUCAAGCUUUGGACGACGAUCUGGGACCUUUAGGACCUCUGGGAGAUAAUGCGCCAGUACCGCAGAUUGAUCAACCUCCUGCGCCGCCGCAGAAAGAGCAGGUGGUAACACACAAUAUCAGGCAGCCGCUAGCUUCUGCGCAGAGCUCAAUGAGAGGAAGCAUGCUGGAUUCUGUUGAUUUGAGUGAUGAUGCUGCGCCGACUACUGGUCCAAGAAUACCACCUCCGGUUCAACCCGCUCAAGCAGCUCCUGUCAGGAGAGAUACCCAGCCGAGUGUGAGCAUUGAGCAAGCUGCAAAGCCUUCAUUCGACAUCUCGGUUGGGGAUCCGCAUAAGGUUGGAGAUCUAACGAGUUCGCAUAUUGUGUAUCUUGUCAAGACGAAGACAUCUUCGAAAGCCUAUAGACAGCCUGAAUUUGCAGUAUCGAGAAGAUACAGAGACUUCCUUUGGCUUUACAAUACCUUACAUGGGAACAAUCCUGGUGUUGUCGUUCCACCACCACCUGAGAAGCAAGCUGUUGGUCGAUUCGAUUCGAAUUUCGUUGAGUCCAGGAGAGCGGCUUUGGAGCGGAUGCUGAAUAAAAUAGCUGCUCAUCCCACACUACAGCAUGACGCCGACUUAAAAUUGUUCCUGGAGAGCGAGGCUUUCAAUGUUGAUGUCAAGCACAAGGAACGCAAAGAGCCCUUACCAGAAAGUAAGGGUAUGUUUAGUGGAUUGGGGAUAUCUGUUGGUGGGGGUGGCAAGUUCGUAGAGCAAGAUGAUUGGUUUCACGAGCGAAGAGUCUACUUAGAUGCCCUUGAGAACCAGCUCAAAGCUCUGCUGAAGGCCAUGGAUACCGUUGUAACCCAGCGCAAAGGAAUGUCCGAAGCUGCAGGCGACUUUUCUGCUUCGCUACACGCACUUUCCACCGUCGAACUCUCAGCUUCCUUGUCCGGACCACUUGAAGGACUUUCAGACCUUCAGAUUCGAAUUAAAGAGCUGUAUGAUCGUCAAGCACAACAAGAUGUUUUGACUCUUGGAAUCACGAUUGACGAGUACAUUCGAUUAAUUGGCAGUAUCAAGACAGCCUUCGGUUCUCGCCAAAAAGCUUACUAUGCAUGGUCCAGUGCAGAGCAGGAGAUGCAGAAGCGAAAAUCUACUCAAGAGAAGCUUCUGCGACAGGGCAAGACACAACAAGAUCGCCUGACCCAGAUUCAAGGCGAGGUAGCUGAUGCUGAACGAAAGGUGCAUCAAGCGAGACUGUUGUUUGAGGAUAUGGGCCGAUUGAUGAGAGUGGAGCUUGAGAGAUUUGAGCGUGAAAAGGUUGAAGAUUUCAAGAGUGCGGUCGAGACAUUCUUAGAGAGUGCUGUCGAGGCUCAAAAGGAGCUCAUCGAAAUCUGGGAAACCUUCUUGAUGCAGAUUGACGCCGAGGAAGAUGAUAAUGCAUUCUAUAAGCCAACUGUCGAGCCAGCUGCCCGUGCGAGCAACGAAUCAGCUCAACAAUCACAAGCAGCUGCAACCAUAACAGCAGAGGAUGACGAUGAUGACGAUUAAUCCAUUCAACGGAGGGGUAACUUUCAUGAAUAGCAGUUCGGCAUAAGUUUUGAUGGGAGAAAUGAUUAUCAGCUGAUGAUUUGGGGUAUACCCUUCAGCUGCUUGCGGUUUAGUAGUUGUACAUAGUACAAUCCCAUUUCUGGACCCAACGCCGUUGUUUAUGCCUCUAUGCAUCUCCAUAUACACCUGUGUUCUGUACAUAUUGUAUACACCACCAGAAGUGCGUCGACUAUUCCCAUACCCCAUUUUGUACAACUCCAAUUGCCCUAUUCUGGCCAUGGUGGUCGCCUUCUCCAAUCCAACGUUCAUCCAUAUUCACACAUGACCGAAUUCCCACCUCAUUUCUUGCCCUUCUUCCCCUUCGUUUGUGACGCCAUCUCCUUGCUCCCUGGUUUACUGUACGUUCCCCC